GAUAGGUCGGCAGCAUCUGGCUGUUACUAUUGUAACCCUCCGGUAAAAUAAGUUGUUAUACCUCGUUACAAUGCAGUCAGAUACGCUUCUGCACGUCGCUAAUUUUAGCACGCUUUUUGUGUGCAUGGUCCUCAAAUUCCCGCAGAUUUUCGUUCUUAUGAGAGCGAAAUCAACUACUGGAGUCAGCCUCAACAGUCUUCUGCUCGAGCUGAUCGGGUUCAUUGUUUUUAUUACAUAUCAGAUGUACUAUGACUACCCACCUCCGACGUACCUGGAGUAUCCCAUUCUCAUUGCUCAAGAUGUCAUUCUUCUGCUCCUGAUCCUUCACUACAACGGCAGCCUACGGCAGAGCCUCGUCUACACCUUGGUGUUUGUCGGAGGAUGGAGACUCCUCACUGUGGACAAGAGGAUCAUAGAUAUGGCCAUGAGCCUGUGCACAUUCAUCAGCGCCGGCAGUAAGUUUGCCCAGCUGCAGUGUCUGUGGAGGUCUAAGGAUGCUGGACAGGUUAGCGCCCUCUCCUGGGCUAUGGCUACCUACACCUGUAUGGCGAGGAUUUACACCACCACUGUGACAACUGGAGACAUGCAGGUUCUGGUUAGAUUCAUCGUCAUGACAUCGCUGAACCUGUGGGUGCUGCUGACUGUGCUCUACUACCAGAGAAACAGCAGCAGGACCAAGAAAGAUGAAUAAGCUUUGAAGUCGAUCCUAACGCAGGCAGGCUUCUCAGCCGUUUGUUCUGUCUUCCAGUGUUUACCAGAGGGAUUACUCAGCUACUCUCCACACAGGCGGAAUAGAAAACAAAAAAAUGAUGAAUAAUAACGGUUAUGUAAGCAGCUUUUGUAAUACUGACCCAUAAAAUGUCCUUUUUUAUAAAUAAUGUCUUUACCUCAGUGUUAAACCCACACAUUUCUUUGCAGAACAUUCCAGUUGUUACAGAAGAGACCAAUGCUUUGUCAUACUGUGAGAAAAAUGACGUGUUUUUAGAAAGCCUGGCACAAGAAAACUUUAUCAGAGAUCUUUCUACUCAGGAUGAGAAAUACUGUAUUUGAAAAGCUUUUGUAAGAGUAAAGUUCUUUUCUGGAUUAUUUUAAUAAAGAACAUAUACUACCUUCA